CGUACCGUUUCAUUGUAGCCAGCAACGACAAAAAGAAGAAGACAGGUUUGCCGGUGUUGUCCGGGAAUUGACUGGUGUAUCUAAUGUUGUUUUACUAAAAUUCGGUUUGUUUUUCUUUCACGCCAUGUUAGCUAGCUAACCAACCGGACAUGGCCCAGUCGCCCAAACAAGGAUGUCGACAGUCGGACUGCGACUAAAGCCUUAACCUCCCUCGCUCUCCUCGUACCCGAGGAGCUGAGAAAAAGAUGCUGCUGAAGAUGCCCCAGAAGCUGCUGAAGACUGCCCACUACAUAGAGCUGGGCAGCUACCAGCACUGGCCAGUCCUGAUACCCCAGAGAAUAAGGCUGUACACCUACGAACAAAUCCCCCUCUUCCUCAGAGAAAACCCCUACAUCACAGACGGCUACAGGGCUCACCUGCCCUCCAAGCUCUGCCUUAAGAGUAUUUUUAUGCUGUCCAAUGAGACGGUUAAUAUCUGGAGCCACUUGCUGGGCUUCCUGCUCUUCUUCUCUCUGGGGGUCAAUGACCUCUCCACUGUACUGCCAGCCUCUGGAGCUAGCAGAGAGGACUACGUCAUCUACGCUAUAGGGCUGUUCUGCUUCCAGGUGUGCAUGUUGUGUUCAGUGGGAUAUCACCUGUUUUCGUGCCACCGAUCAGAGAAGACGUGCCGUCGUUGGCUGGCAUUAGACUACGCAGGCAUCUCUGUUGGCAUCUUGGGCUGUUAUGUACCUGGGAUCUUCUACGCUUUCUACUGUAAUGCUUUUUGGCGACAGCUUUACCUGCUGACAGUGCUCUCCCUGAUCCUGGCCGUCUUCUGCGCUCAGGUCCACCCUCGUUACCUCAGCAAUGACUGGCGACGGAUACGUAUGGUAAUCUUCUGCUGUGUGGCUGGCAUCAGUGUGAUUCCUGCGUGCCACUGGGUCUGGAUCAAUGGAGGGUUCACCUCGGAUGUCGUACAGCUGUUCCUGCCUCGUGUGAUAGUGAUGUACUUGAUAGCUGGAUCUGCCUUCCUGUUCUACGUCACCAAAAUCCCUGAACGUUAUUUCCCUGGCCAGCUGAACUACCUGGGCGCUAGCCACCAGGUGUGGCACAUACUGGUGGUUGUGAUGUUUUACUGGUGGCACCAGACCGCUGUACACAUCAUGCACUUCAGGCAUACUCAGCCCUGCCCGAUACGCACCAGCAGCAGCUAAGUGAAACUGAUCGACUAAUGUUGUUUAAAGGCUAAUCAGUCGUAGGUUAGUAACCACUUAAACUCACUAUGUUAAUAUUCAAAACCUCAUAUCUUGUUACAGUAGCAGCUGGUUAGAAUUUACUACCUACAGGCCUGUCAAACACUAACUACCACAAGCUCCUGACUAUUAGCUGCUAAAACUGAGAGUGUGACAGUAAUGAGUAGCUAUUAGCUUUCACUGAGCUGCUGGGCACUGUUUAGAUGCCUGUGGCCUGGCCAGCUGUUAAAGGCCAGUAACCUUUCUUUACAUGGCAAGGAGACUUACAGGGCAAUAGACCAGAGUCUGUACUGGUUAGUAGUUCCAGGCUGUUGGCUAGUAGUCAGAAGACCUAAGUUAAGCCUUCAGGGACUGUGACCCGAUGUCAAAAGUGAUGCAGCAGCACCACAAGAAACCCCCCUUGAUGGACAGAAAAUACAGCAUGCGACCCCUGAUGUUGCAUCAUAACCCUUAGAUCAAUGCAUGAAGGAGGAAUUAUUUAUAUCCAUUUGUAGAAACAAACUGAGCUUUAGUGUCUUUUUUGAUAAUCAUAUUCUCUCUUAGUUGGUUUACUUUGUGAUUUUUGUACAUCGGGAAACAUAAUGGCCUGUGUGAACAGUUACUUUUUUUUUGCCUGUGAUUUUGGUUUAUCUAUCAGUUUGUUCAAGAUUAAAGUGUAUGAAAUGUCUGGAUAAAAGUUGGAAAGCACAGAAAAGAUCAUGACCACAGGAAAUUCAGCAUUUCGACACAGAAUUGCUGGUUUCUUGAGAAACAAUGUCUCAAUACCUCAAGUAUUUGAAGCUUUUGAACAAAUGGUGAAAGGUCAGUCAGUAAUCAUUCUGCCAAUUUCCAAUGAGGUGCAGGGCUGAAAAAAAUGUUGGAACCCGUGGUUUUGUCUUUGGAACAAAUAAGGUGGCAGUUCGGUUGUACAAAAAUUAUAUUUAAGUUUAAAACAGUUUUUAGGGACUACUGUAUGCCUUUGGUAGAAAGUGGGUCAAAAACCUGGGUAAAUAAAAAGCAAAACAAUUUGGAUAGCACAAGACAAGUAAGAAUUUUUUUUUUUUUUUGUCCCUUAACAACUUGAGUUCUACAGUAAAGACAACAAAAUCACAUUUUUGCUGAUAGUUGGGCGAGCAGUAGCACUUAAGCUUUCACUAAUUGGUCAGCCACCUGCCGUUUCAGCCAUAGAGGUUAUUACAUUAUUACUUAUCAGCUGUAGUGGUUAUCAGUUAUUAUUAUUGUAUUACAAAGUCUACCAUAAAGGCUGGGUAUUUGAAAAAUGGUUGUUUAAUUAAUGCCGUUGUUUAAAUAAGUUCAGUGUAAAGUGGAUCAUACCUUUUUUUAAAUAGGUUUUUUUUUUUUUUUCUCAGUAAGCUCUGGGACAUUUUAAUGUUUUGUGUUAUGUUUUGUGUUUAUUUUGACAUCUUUUAAUCAUGUAUGUACUUCAUUUGCCUUAUAAUGUUUGAGUAUUUGUACUGUAUACAUACUUACUGUUACAAUCUGUUUUUGGUUAAGAGGUGAACAUAACCAAGAACAAAAUGAUCAAACUCCGACCGAUAACAUCUUUGCUGUUACACCACAAGGCCAGUAUGUUUUUUUUAUUGUGAGAUUUAAUAUUUAGAACAAGCUAUGAAUUGUGGAUAAGGAACACUUACUGCUGCAGACUGCAGAGCUGGAAAAUGCACUGUAUACAUGCUAAAAGUGACUUUAUUUACCCUUUUUGAGUGUGUGUUUUUAUUUUUAAAUAUUAUCACAAGUUGCUUGAUCUUUUCGUGAAUGAACUCAUAAUAGGUUUAUCUUGUGUUUUUGCUUUUCUUGAAUAUCAUUUGUAUGAUGGCACUGACUUAUGAGAUGUAUAAUUAUUUCAGUGCCUCUGUGAAUAUAUAUUUUUAAACAUUUUGAAUGAAUAAAGAA